AAAGAUAGAUUUGAUGGUUAAAGUUGGGUCCAAAACAAACACCAAACCCAAUAAUAAUAUGAAUGGCAGAAGUAGCAGCUGCUUCCCUAUCCCAAAUCUCAAUCUACAAACCCUAGAAAAUUAAAAUACCCCCCUUUUGUUUCUCCCAAACUUUCCCACAUUUUCUCUCACUUUCCCUUUAAAAAACUCUCUCUUUCCGCUAUUCCGCUGCGAUUGGAUCUCUGGGAGACACCCCUUUUAUUCCAUCUUCUGCGAUUUCGAUCUGAAACUUGAGGUCUCUUAGUUCCGUUGAUUUAGGGAAAAACGUGUCUUUUGGAAUUGGAAAUUGAAGUUGAAGUGAUUGGGGGUGAAAUAGAAGGGUUGAAUUGGUGCUGGCAAUGCCAUUGGUGUGGUUAGUGGAUAAUUUUUCGGUGGUUUUUGAGAUACCGAAAAAGCACAAUGUCUUGGGCAGGCCCUGAGGAUAUCUACCUUUCUACUUCACUUGCUAGCUAUCUUGACAAGAAACUUCUUGUAUUGCUGAGAGAUGGUAGAAAGCUCAUGGGGACACUUCGUUCAUUUGAUCAAUUUGCUAAUGCUGUUCUUGAGGGUGCCUGUGAGAGGGUUAUUGUUGGUGAUCUGUAUUGUGACAUCCCUUUGGGUCUCUAUGUGAUCCGCGGGGAAAAUGUUGUUCUAAUUGGUGAGCUGGACUUGGAGAGGGAGGAACUUCCCCCACACAUGACACGUGUUUCUACAGCAGAAAUCAAGAGGGCACAGAAAGCAGAGAGGGAGGCUUCAGAUCUGAAAGGGACUAUGAGGAAAAGAAUGGAAUUCCUUGACUUGGACUAGUCAACCUCUCCAUCAAUCCUCACUCACCCUUCUCUCCGUCCGCAAAUAUUAAUAGCGGCUAUUCUUCAGUUAUUUGUUCUGUAUUUCUCUGCUAAAUGUUGUUGGCUUUCAUGGGAAGGGUGAAUACUAUUGAAAUUUCUUUUGUAAUAUUAGCCCGUGGAAUCAAUACUAUUAUUCAUUUGCUUUUAAAAAUUGUCAAUUAAUAUAGCAUGAUUUCAGUUCAUAAACAACAUUCUGAUUUGGAAAUGAAAGGCUUCUAAUUAUUCAAAAUGAGCAUUUUCUUUUUUGU